AUGGUGCUUGGAGGGCAUGAGCCUGAUGUAAUUAGCUAUAGUACAAUCACAGGCAGCCUUAAUUUGUUAACGACGCCAUGGAAUUCUUAUCUGAAAUGGUACUGGAUCGGGGCAUUCCACCGGAUGUCGUUACUUACAGUUCCAUACUCCAUGCAUGUGGCGUUCACUGUUUUGGUUGAUGGACUCUGCAAAGAAGGGAUGGUUUCAGAAGCUCGGUGCGUCUUCGAAACAAUGACUGAAAAAGGUGCUGAGCCAGAUGUUUACACCUACGUACACUGCCUUGAUGGAUGGAGUAGAAGGAUGGACGAGGCAAAACCACUCCUUGCUGAAAUGUCUCAUAAAGAUUUGACUCCUGAUACUGUCACUUACAGCACUCUUAUGAAAGGUUUGUGCCGUGGAGGUAGAGUUCUGGAUGCGCAAAAGCUUUUCAAGGAGAUGCAUGCAUUAAAAACGCUAAAGGCAAUGCAAGAGAGGAAAAUUGAACGUGAUAUAGUCCUUCAUACCAUUCUCAUUGAAGGGAUGUUUAUUGCUGGGAAGCUUGAAGUUGCCAAGGAACUAUCUUCCAAGCUUUUUGUGGACGGAAUGCGACCCACUGUACAGACAUACAUCAAGGGACUUCUUAAAGAGGGGCUGUCAGAUGAAGCAUACGAAUUGCUUAGAAAAAUGGAAGAUGAUGGCUUCUUGCCGGACGAUAUUAUCACUGCCGCAGAACUCCUCCUGUUCAAUUUCCCUGGAAAAAAGAAAGAAUAA